AUGCGCCCCCCGCCCGCGCUGGCCCUGGCCGCGCUCUGCCUGCUGGCGCUGCCCGCAGCCGCCGCCGCCGCCUACUUCGGUCUGACCGGGCGUGACGUCCUGACACCCUUCCCAGGAGUGGGUACUGCAUCAGCCCCAGUGGAGGGUGGGGCCCACCUGAAGCAGUGUGAUCUGCUGAAGUUGUCCCGGCGGCAGAAGCAGCUGUGUCGGCGGGGGGCAGGCCUGCGGGAUGCUGCGCACCUUGGCCUGCUCGAGUGCCAGUUCCAGUUCCGGCAUGAGCGCUGGAACUGCAGCCUGGAGGGCAGGACUGGCCUGCUCAAGAGAGGUUUCAAGGAGACGGCCUUCCUGUACGCAGUGUCCUCAGCCGCCCUCACCCACACACUGGCCCGGGCCUGCAGUGCUGGGCGCAUGGAGCGGUGCACCUGUGACGACUCUCCGGGCCUGGAGAGCCGGCAGGCCUGGCAGUGGGGUGUGUGUGGCGACAACCUCAAGUACAGCACCAAGUUCCUGAGCCACUUCCUGGGACCCAAGAGAGGAAGCAAGGACCUGCGGGCACGGGCAGAUGCCCACAACACCCAUGUGGGCAUCAAGGCUGUGAAGAGUGGCCUCAGGACCACGUGUAAGUGCCAUGGCGUGUCAGGCUCCUGUGCCGUGCGCACCUGCUGGAAGCAGCUCUCCCCAUUCCGUGAGACAGGUCAGGUGCUGAAGCUGCGCUAUGACUCGGCUCUCAAGGUAUCCAGUGCCACCAACGAGGCCUUGGGCCGCCUGGAGCUGUGGGCACCCACCAAGCCGGGCAGCCCUGCCAAGGGCCUUGUGCCCCGGCCAGGGGACCUCGUCUACAUGGAGGACUCGCCCAGCUUCUGCCGCCCCAGCAAGUACUCACCCGGCACGGCGGGCAGAGUGUGCCCGUGGGGGCCCAGUGGCAGCAGCCUGUGCUGCGGGCGGGGCUACGACACCCAGAGUCGCAUGGUGGCCUUCUCCUGCCACUGCCAGGUGCAGUGGUGCUGCUACGUGGAGUGCCAGCAGUGCGUGCAGGAGGAGCUUGUGUACACCUGCAAGCACUAGGCUGCUUUGCAGGCAGCCAGCUGGGCGCUGCCAGGGCCUCCUGCAGCCCCUCUGGGCAGGUACACCAGCAUGUGUGCACCCAUCCAUGUGUGUGCUAACGCAUGUGAGCGUGCAACUCAGCACUCUCCCUCCACUGUCCUUCGGCCAGCCUUUUGCUUCUCUCAACACUCAGCAAAGAGAAGCAAAGACCCCGCCCCACCCCGUAUGCCGAAUCCGAGAGUCCCUAGCCUUGGAGCAGGAGGGCUGAGUGGGAAAGGAUGUGGAGGGAAAUAAGGGAGACCAAGAGAAAGGCAAGACUUCAGUGUGGGGUGGGGGGUCGAUUAUCUCGCCGUCUUGAUUCCUGGGACGAGUGGCCUAGGGCCAGCAAGUUGCUGGGAGGUGAGCUUCCGGGCUGAGAGUGCAAAGGGAGGCAGUGCCAGCUGCAAGCAGAGGUGGUCGUCUGACUGGGGUGGGCCAGUCCCAUUCUUGGGCCUUGCUAGAUGGCAAUGAGCCCUGGGCACCCUCCCAUGGCCUUGCUCCACUAGAGUUGGGGACAAAGGCCAGAGGGUAGGAGCUGUUUCUUUAGAGACAGGAAAACUUUCUGGGCCUGAGGAGACAAAUGUCAGAUGUGCGCCUGGAGCCCUGAGUCCUUGACUUGGUUUUUCAAAUAUGCCUGCACUGAGGCCACAUUCUUGCUUUAAGAGCUGAGUGUCCAUGCCCAUCUAGCCCUGCUCAGUAAGACCACCAUGGAGGUAAGACAGGUGGGAAAGCCAGUCCCCAAGGUGGGAGGCAGUGACCCUCCUGUUCCUGUGGUGGCCAAAGGAACUCUUAACCCCAGUCCAGAGGAGGACGGUGACAACCCCCUGAUGCCCUGCAGGAAUGUGGCAAGCUUACUUUCUCCACCUGCUCCUGUCUGCUCAGCCCCGGAUAGGUCUCUGUGGCUGUGAGACCCCUGCACCAGCUGAUGUCCACGAAAUGGAAGGAUGCUUCUGACUGGGGUUACAUUUCUCUCACACCUGCAUCUCUAAAGAAGGCUUUUGCUCAGGCUGGAGUCAUGGUGCUUGAGUCUGCUAAGCUUGGCUCCUUGAUGCCCCCUUCAUUUAAUAAUGGCCUCUCACUCAGCUGUCACUUUGGCUCUUACUCAAGGGGUAGAAAUCACUUUGCUAAUUUCUCUGGAUCCCAUGGACAUGUCCAGAGCCACCUCCUGAGAGCCCGUGUGGAAGGAGGAGAGAGACCUGGGGCCUACACGGAGGCGCACAGAGAUGGGCAUCCAGCCCUUGGACCAGCUGAGGGUCCCACUGAGCAACACACCUCUCUGAUUUAGGACGAAGACCUCGUGGGGUCACUUGGCUGGAGGCUGAGUGCUUCCCCAGAGCUGGGCCUACUGCCAGCCAGGAGGAAGUGACCUCCUUUGGGAAGCCUUUGGCUGCUUUGCUGACCCACCG